AUGAUUCUUGCCCUUCUUUGUUCUAUUGCUGCCUUUAUUUGGAAUGCUUUGACAUUUUGUUGUUGUAUUGGGAAAGGAGGAAUUUUCCGUCCAUUGCCUUCAUUGGCAUCUGCUUCAGCAUUUCUUCUUUUAUUUGCACUAGUCAUCUAUUACUUUAACAACGAUAAAGAUAUUGGUAUUUUUUAUUUAAUUUUGAAGUUUUGGGGUACUUUAUGGAUAUUCCUCCGUCACCUUGUUUGA